AUGGAAGUUGAAGAAUUGCUUAACCUCUUUGAUUCUCACUGGUUUCAAUCUGAAAUACUGAAACCCAAACAACCCUUUAUAACAACAAACCCAGAAAUCACCCCAAUUCUUGAAACCAAUGAACAAAUUAUUCUUGAACAGACCCCAAAACUUUCAAGAACACCAACUUUUGAACCCAAUGAACAAAUUUUUUUUGAAGAGACCUCAAAACUUUCAAGAACUCCAACUUUUAUGGUUAGAUCACAAAGUGACAAAUGUUUGAGCUCUAAAGAUUGUAUUUUUUCAGAAAAAUCACAAUCCCCGUCUCCAAAAUCUGUUCUUAUUGAAGCUAAACUUCAGCCAAUUUUAUCUGGUAAAGAAUAUAAUGAGUUUCAAUUUUCAUCUGAAGCAGAUAAAGGAGGUAUUAAAAAUAGAGAAAAAUUUAGAAGAAGAAGGAAGAGUAAUAAUAGUAAAAGUUUAUCAGAGCUGGAAUUUGAUGAGUUAAAAGGGUUUAUGGAUCUUGGUUUUGAGUUUUCAGAUAAAGAUAAAGAUUCAAAUUUGGUGUCAAUAAUUCCUGGGUUGAAGAGGUUAGGAAGGGAAAAUGAAAGGGGUUUUGAGGAAAUUAAUGAAAGUGGAAUUUCAAGGCCUCAUCUUUCUGAAGCAUGGGGUGUUUGGGAAGAAAAGAAAAGUUUGGGGGGAAAGAAGAAUCCAUUGAAAAGUUUGAGGAUUAAAUCUGAUUUUGGAAAUGAAAUGGAAAUUAAAGAUCAGUUAAAGUUUUGGGCUCAUACUGUUGCUUCUACUGUUAGGUAG